AUGGCAGACAACCUGAAUAUAUAUCUCUUUGGAGAUCAGACUUUCGACGUAGAGCCUCAUUUCUCAGGUCUACUAGAGGCUAGGAACAAUCUGUUUUUACAUACACUCCUUCAUGGCGCGUACAAUGCCAUUCGAACUGAGAUAUACACAUUACCACCAGAGGUCCGAAAUGAACUGCCGCGAUUUACCUGUCUCGAGGAUCUGGCAUCAUGGAAACACAGCGGAACUGGCAAGCGAUGCAUCGCUCUAGACAUGGCAAUGACUACAUUAUGGCAAUUAGGGAUGUUUGUUCUACAAGCGGAAGCAUGCUAUAUAGCCCCAAAAUGCUCAGUCGUCGUUGGACUGUGCACUGGGACUUUUGCUGCUGCUGCAGUAAGCUGUAGUAAAAACACAACGGAACUUAUUCCGCUUGCCAUUGAAGCAGUCAUCGCAUCUUUCAAGACCGGUGUGCUUGUACAGGACGUUGCUCAGAGACUUGCUCCUUCACAAGAUCUCGAUCAGAGUUGGGCCAUUCUCAUAGAGGGUGCAGCAUCGGCUUCGCUCUUAAGCAACUUCAAUGAUGAGAUUUCUAUGCCAUCGAUCAAUAAACCGUACAUCAGCGCCUACGCUCCAAGUGGUGUGACCGUGAGCGGGCCACCCGAUUCUAUUUCCAGACUGGUCAGUUUUGGAGCCUUCAAAGAAUUGACGAAGAAGACCAUACCCAUAACGGGACCGUAUCAUGCUGCCCACCUCUACUCAAAUAAUGACCUCAACUCGAUUGUCUCAGGUUUAACAGAAAGAGCAGAGGGCAGGAGGCAUGAAUCGAUACUAUUCUUGUCUACUAACAAGGUCGGGCCAGAAAUUAGGACAUUUGCAUCACUUCUCAGGGAAGCGACCGCUGAGGUGCUCCUACGACCGCUUCUGUGGGCUGAUAUCCUUGAACGAUUUGAAAAUAUCUUACGCAAUAAUGUUCCACAAAGGCUUAGUGUUGCUCCUUUUGGAUCGACUGCGCAUUAUCUUUUCUACAACGUAGCAAAGAAGAUGAACUCGAAUAUUUUGAUAAACUCUUCACAGCAUGCCAAUGGUCAAUCGGGCUUCACUCCGACAAUUAGCACUGGCCUCAAGAAACCUAAACUAGCCAUUGUUGGGAUGUCCGGACGCUUCCCAGACGCGAAGAACACCGAUGAAUUCUGGGAUAUACUUCGACAAGGUUUAGAUGUGCACAAGGUUGUGCCACCCCAGCACUGGGAUGUACGCACCCACGUUGAUACCAGUGCGAACCCUCGGAAGAACACAAGUGCCACGCCUUUCGGUUGUUGGUUGAAGGACCCGGAAGAGUUUGACGCGCGGUUCUUUAACAUAUCACCGAAGGAGGCUGCCCAGAUCGACCCCGCACAGCGACUCGCUUUGAUGACCGCUUACGAAGCUAUCGAGCGCGCUGGUAUAGUCUCAGAUGCAACUCCAUCUACUAGACCGGACCGAAUCGGCGUUUUCUAUGGUGUAACCAGCAAUGACUGGAUGGAAACGAAUAGUGCUCAGGACAUUGAUGCGCACAUGAUCCCUGGCGGCAACCGCGCAUUCAUCCCAGGCAGAAUCAACUAUUUCUUCAAGUUCAGCGGACCGAGUUAUGCCAUCGACACAGCUUGCUCAUCUAGUCUGGCCGGUAUCCACCUUGCAUGCAACUCCCUAUGGUGCGGCGACAUCGACACUGCCAUAGCUGGAGGUACCAAUGUAAUCACCAAUCCGGACUUCACUGCUGGACUGGACCGCGGCCAUUUCCUCUCUCGCACGGGCAAUUGCAAAACUUUCGACGAUGGUGCUGACGGUUACUGUCGUGGUGAGGGCAUUGCAACGGUGAUCAUCAAGAGGCUCGAGGAUGCACUUGCAGAUCAUGAUCCCAUCCUUGGUGUGAUCGUUGGAGCGUACACCAAUCAUUCAGCAGAAUCUGAAUCUAUUACCAGGCCGCAUGUUGGUGCUCAACGCGCCAUUUUCAACAAGAUUCUGAAUGAAUCGAGUGUCGAUCCUUACUCCAUUAGCUACAUUGAGAUGCAUGGCACUGGCACGCAAGCGGGUGAUGCGGCUGAAAUGUCAAGCGUUCUGGACACGUUUGCUCCAUCGCCCAGCCAAUGCCAGCAAUCUAAAAUACGCAAAGAAAAGCUCUUUCUUGGUUCAGCCAAGGCGAACAUUGGCCACGGCGAGGCCGCCUCUGGCGCCUCAGGCCUUAUCAAGGUCUUGAUGAUGAUGGAAAAGAAUCAGAUUGUUCCGCAUUGUGGAAUUAAGACAAAGAUUAACCACAAGUUCCCGACCAAUCUUGAGGAUCGUCAUGUUCACAUUGCUUCUGAGUUGACAGCGUGGGAGAGGAAUGGACCUGCGGUGCGGCGUGUAUUGGUCAAUAACUUCUCAGCUGCUGGAGGCAACUCGGCGCUCCUGCUCGAAGAUGCACCACACGUAUCAGAGAACGUCAACGUGGCCAUGGAUACUCGAAAACUCUAUGCUGUCGCAGUAUCUGCCAAGACAGGUGCUUCUAUGCAGGGUAAUCUGAGGUCACUACUCGCACAUCUAAAGAAGGUGCCAAACGUUUCGCUUGGUGAGCUUUCAUACACGACUACAGCACGACGCAUACACCAUCCACACCGGGUGUUGUUUAUCGGUUCAUCUGUCGAGGAGAUCUGCCAACAAAAUGAAUCGGCAAUUAAUCAAGGAAUUGGCUUAACAAGGCCCAAAGGAUCACCACGAGUCGUGUUCAGCUUCACUGGCCAGGGUGCUCAAUAUCCUGGAAUGGCCCAGCAAUUGUUACAGGAAAGCACUGUCUUCCGAAAUGAGUUGCAUCGUCUAGAUUACAUAGCGGAAAAACUGGGAUUUCCGUCUGUGAUCCCUUUUAUCGAGUCUACGGAACAAGAUCCUACCACGUUCCAGCCCUCGGUUGUACAGCUCGCGAGUGUGUGUGUUCAAUUAGCUCUAGUCAAAUUAUGGGGCACUUGGGGCAUUCUUCCAUCUUUAAUCGCAGGGCACAGCCUCGGCGAAUAUGCGGCUCUCAACACUGCUGGGGUGCUCUCAGACGUCGACACUAUCUUCCUUGUUGGAAUGAGGGCUAGACUGCUCGAGGAAAAGUGUGUCCCUGGUACGCACGCCAUGUUGGUUGUCGACAGCCCAGUUGACAAGAUCUCUACUGCUUUGCAAGAAAGAGAAUACGAAGUAGCAUGCACCAAUUCGCCAACAGAAACUGUCCUUGCCGGACCAAGCGAGAGGAUGCCCGAGCUCCAGGAAUUACUCAAAAACGCUGGAAUGAGAAGCACACUUCUCAAGGUACCUUAUGCGUUCCACUCUUCACAAGUGGAUGCGAUUAUACCAGAAUUUAAGGCCCGGGCACAGGGAGUGAAGUUUUGCGAGCCAAGAGUACCAAUCAUCCGGCCUUUAGACUCUACCGUGUCGACUGCUGGUACAGUCUUCGAUGCUGAGUAUCUAUCACGCCAUUCUCGCGAGUCUGUCAAUAUGCUCGGAGCAUUGAUCGCAGCUCACAGUAAUGGCGCGAUCACCGACCGAUCUGUUUUUCUGGAGAUUGGUCCGCAUCCUGCUGUUUCCAAGAUGGUCAAAUGUACAUUGGGGCCGUCUGCUUCUGCUGUCCCCUCGCUUCAACGUGGUGCUAGGCCAUGGGACGUACUUACCAGAUCACUAAAGUCUCUCUAUGACAACGGAGCCAGUAUUAAUUGGGCAGCUUAUCAGCAAGACUUUCAUAAGUUUCACAGAGUUGUCUCAUUGCCAUCAUAUUCUUGGGACCUGAAGCCUUACUGGAUCCAAUACGUCAACGACUGGUCUCUUCGCAAAGGUGAUCCGCCAGCUCAAGGCUUACACACCGGCCCUAAAAUAACGAGUACGACGAUUCAUUCUGUCGUAUCAGAGAUCAACGAUUCUAGGAGGACCAAAAUCGUGGUCGAGGCAGAUAUCUCACGCAAAGAUCUUGCCCCACUGGUACAGGGACAUGAGGUGGACGGCAUACCUCUAUGCACACCCUCAGUCUAUGCCGACAUGGCUUUGACUCUCGGUACAUACCUGCUCAAGCGCUAUCUGCCAGAACAAUCUCAACUGCUAGUCGACGUGUCCGAAAUGACAAUCUCGAAAGCGUUGAUAUUGAAUGAGCAAGCAAACAAGCAACUUAUUCAGGUUCACGCUGAAGCAGACUGGGCUUCCAGAUCUGUGACUAUGAAGUUCAUGACCUUUAACAAUCACCAAAAACUGCAAGAACACGCCAGGUGCAUCGUGCAUUACAGAGAUGGUUCCCUUCAGAAAAAACUGCAAGCCAAUGCAUCAGAGAUUCAGGCGAAAAUAUCAGCACUCCGCAUGGGUAUCGCUUCUGGCAAGACAGCACGGUAUAAUCGUGCAAUGGUGUAUCGCGCCAUCCGACCUUUGGCGCGAUUCCACAACGAUUACCGUGCUAUUGACGAAAUAGUUCUCAACAGUGAUACGCUGGAAGCCUCCAGCAUGCUGAGCUUCGGUAGCGUAAAGCGAGACGGCGAUUUCCAUACUCAUCCAGCUAUUAUCGAUUCGUUGACACAAGCGUGCGGCUUCACAAUGAACUGCAACGAUAACACUGACCUAGACGUUGAAGUGUUCAUGAAUCACGGAUGGGGUUCGUUGCAGCUUUUCGAGCCUAUAGAUUUUGAAAAGGAGUAUACGACGUAUAGUCGCAUGGAGUCAGGUCCAGAUAAACUCUGGCGUGGUGACGCAAUCAUCUUCGAUGGCGACCGAGUCGUGGCACAUUUCGGACAAAUCGCAAUUCAGGGCGUGCCCCGCAGAGUGCUCAAAGUCAUAUUAUCGCUCGAGAGUGGCAGGAAAACGCAGACUCGUACCACACCAGCACAGCAGUCGACUACCGAUAGGAGCCAUCCAGAAAUUCACUCAGCUCAUCCAGGCGCCAAACAAAAACAGGCGCCAGUCAGAUCUGGACCAUCUCCUGUUGAUGUUGGGCUUCAGAUCAUCUCAGAAGAGUCUGGGGUUGCUAUCGACGCCUUCACGGACGAUACCGUUUUCGCAGACAUGGGGGUAGAUUCUCUCCUUGGUUUAACCAUAUCAUCGCGCUUCCGGGAACAACUCGACAUUGAUCUCGAUUUCAACGGCCUCUUCUUUGAGUACCCAACAGUGAAGGAUCUCAAGGCGUUUCUGAACACGUCUUUACCUGAUUCGGGUUACGGCAGCCCGGUUGUAGACGGCAACGAUGGGCUGGAGCCAGUGCAUGAGGUUACGAACGCCUUGAAGAUUGAUUCUGCAAACGGCAUCAAGAUGUCUGGGGCUGUGGAUAGCAUGUCAUCCUCGAGUCCUGAUUUUGCGCGAGCACUACAGAUCAUUGCAGAAGAGAGUGGUGUCCAAUUAAGUGAGCUUGGUGAUGACACCGAACUUGCUGAUUGUGGAGUUGAUUCGCUCUUAUCGCUCAUCAUCACAAGUCGCUUCCGCAACGAGCUUGAUCUCGAGAUGGAGAGUGAAUCAUUGUUCUUGGAGCAUCCAACAGUGGGUGACCUGAAGAAAGCGUUGUUGGCAAAGUCGCCAAAUAGCGUAACGGUAGAAUCUACUGCUCAUGAAGUAGUGAAUAAGAUGGUAUUACCGUCUGAUGCUAAUAAAGGGGAUGAAGAAAUUGCGACCAACACAAACAAACCCGAAACCGCUCGCAUGCACAAAACAGCCAACGAUGAAUCGCAUGCUAUACUCGAAACGCGAAAGCAAGCCGUGGAAGAUUUGGUCAAUGAAUUUGCAUCUGAAUUCUCUGCACCGACAUCAGACGAAAAUGCGCCGGAGACAGUUGACGGAGAGAAAUUCGUGCUGGUGACUGGUGGCACUGGAAGUCUUGGAGGUCAUCUCGUGUACCACCUUGCUCAGCAGCCUGACGUUCGAACUGUUGUCUGUUUGAAUCGUAAGCAUCGCGAAGAUCCCAUGCAACGCCAGAUUCAGGCGAUGCGUGACAAAGGUAUACGUUUCCCCGAUACUCUGAAGCACAAAUUACUGGUUAUCCAGACCGAUUCUGCCUCUCCACGGCUAGGGCUCGAACAAAGGCAGUAUGAUGAGCUUGCCGCCUCUGUUACUCACCUUGUCCAUCAGGCCUGGCCAAUGAGUGCGACACGUACGUUGCCGGGAUUCAAGGCGCAGUUCCAAGUCAUGCGUAAUUUGAUCGACUUUGCCCGUGAUGCGGCAUCACGCCACCGUAAGGACUUCAAGUUCAGCUUCGAGAUGGUGUCCUCUAUUGGCGUAGUUGGCUUUUACGACAAGGAAAAGAACACAGCCAAGACUGUAGUACCAGAGGUACGAGCGAACAUUGAUUCAGUCCUACCAAAUGGCUAUAGUGAAGCAAAGUGGGGAUGUGAACUUAUGCUCGAUCGCACGCUGCACCUGUACCCUGGCCGCUUCCGCGCUAUGACAGCCCGCCUGGGGCAAAUUGCGGGAUCAAAAACAAGCGGGUACUGGAACCCGAUGGAGCAUUUCGGUUUCUUGGUCAAGUCAUCGUGCACCCUGAAUGCACUGCCAGAUGUCGAUGGCAAAUUGUAUUGGACACCUGUCAAUGACGUUGCAAGCGCACUUGCAGAUUUGGUACUUGCGAACAACAAUCCACAUCCCAUCUACCACAUCGACAAUCCCCACGGCCAGUCAUGGAAAGAAAUGAACAGUUAUUUGCAAGCCGCGCUGAAGAUAUCAAAUCUGAUACCGUUUCACCAAUGGCUGGAACGUGUGCGCCAGGCACCUCAAAAAGACAAUCCUGCGCUCUUAUUGUCCGACUUUUUGGAGUCCAAUUAUCUCCGCAUGUCAUGCGGCGGCUUGGUCUUGGACGUCUCAAACACGCUCGACCAUUCACCAUCCCUUAGGGAAGUUGGUCCAGUAUCUAACCAGGUUUUGAGAAAGUACGUACAUAUCUGGAAGGAGAUUGGAUUUCUCCAUGCUACGGAAGAAGAUCGAAAGAAUUUUGAGAAGGAGAGAUUGGCACUUUGGGCUUAGCAAAUAGAUAGUCGUGUUGCAUUGCUACAUAAAAAAGGUUAAUCUUUUUACUAAGCCUAUCCUAUAGUAUGAAAUGUACUGCCAUG